AUGGCUAUGCGCGUGGUCGUCACAGAGAUACUGAAGAUGAAAGUCAUUAAGAUCCAGUAUUACAGUGACCAUGCUACUGUAGCCGGCAUCCUGGACGGUGAAACAGUGAGAGACAAAGUGUAUAUAUUUUGUAGAAUGGCUCACGCCAGAAUUGAAGCUGAGAAGCGCAGAGGGCGAAACUUCGCCGAGACACAAGCUUUCGAUGUGGAGAAAUCAUUAAAUUAUCAAGGCGAUAUUCGUCUGAAUCUGGACACUGUGGACAAGUUAUUUUCCAACUACCAAUCGGCCUUUCUGAAAUCGAACGGCCGUACUAUCCCAAGGCUAUCCACCAUAAGGUCAUUCCAGAGAGUGUCCUCCAAUGCCCCCGGCACACGCAGUCUUCCAAAACGGCGACGUAACAAGCGGAAGAUUUUGUCUGACGAUUUCUUCUUGUGGACAAAUGCUGAAGUCAAUUAUAAAAUUGAAUCUACAGUCACGCCGGAAUCGGUCGAUGCUAUCCGAUUGGGUAUUGAACAGUGGGAACAACAUACGUGUCUGAGGUUCAUCGAACACGCAAGAACUGACACGAUAUCCGGACCUCACAUAAAAUUCGCAGGUCUUGAUGGAUGCUGGUCCCUUAUUGGUCAACAGGCGUCAGGUCAAACGGUGUCUAUUGGAGUUGGUUGUGAAUGGGCGGGAAUUGCUUCCCACGAAAUCGGUCACGCUCUCGGAUUUUAUCACGAGCAGUCACGGCCGGAUCGUGACAGUUACGUGAAAGUCAAUUUUAACAACAUCCAAUUUGGAUUGUCGAGCAAUUUCGACAAGACUUCAUGGGAAUCCCUGCGCACAAGCGGAGUCCCUUAUGACUACUCGUCGGUCAUGCAUUACGGUCCCACCGAUUUCAGCUUCAAUGGGAAGCCUACCGUGGAGAGCCUAGACAAGAGCAUGGAAUCUGUUAUUGGACAGAGAGAGGGUUUGACCUUUAGUGACAUUACAGUGGCCAAUAUCAACUACUGUAGCAGAGUGUGCGGUGGUCUGACCCUGGAUUGGGAUCAGUGUCAGAAUGGAGGAUACAGAAGUCCCAAUAAUUGUAAUGAGUGCAUCUGCCCUAAAGGAUUUUCCCCACCAUUCUGCGAGUCUCCCGUGCCCGGUGUAAACGCAAACUGUGGGCAAACAGAGUUGACAGCAAGCAGUGAUUACAAAUUUUUGGCCUCUCCUGGUUUUAGUGGAACCGGCUAUAAUGACAAUUCCUUUUGUGCAUGGAAAAUUACCGCUCCUGCUGGUCAAAGAGUUAUGUUUGAGUUUGUCGAUCAGUUUGAGUAUGAUUUUGGCUAUCUGAACGUGACAUGUGACACAUCAUACGUGGAGGUGAGGAGGGACUCCGUUCAGCCUGGCAAACGGGGAUUCUGGAGGUGGAAACCCGACAACGCCUACUACGCCUACUACUACUACGCCUACGCCUGCGCCUACACCUGCGCCUACGCCUGCGCCUACACCUGCGCCUACGCCCGCGCCUACCCCUGCACCUACGCCUGCGCCUACACCUGCGCCUACCCCUGCGCCUACUACUACGACGACUACACCGACCACGGCAACUACUACUACAACCACCACCACUAG